UUCUCCACUCUCCCGUCGGCUGCAUCCCCUUCUCUUCCCGAUCCACAUCUAGAGCGCCGCAUUGAGCCGCCACCCGUGGCCCCGCCAUGCCGUCGCGUAGAUGCGCUGUUGUUCGCGCCGCUCACACCAACCCGUGGCGCCAUAGAGUCUCGCGUUGCAGCGGCCGGCCGGCAACGCGCUCUGCUCCCUCCAUCCUAUGGCGCCGGCGUCGACCUCGCUCCCCAUGCCCGUGGUCCGUGGAGAAGGGAGAGGAGGUCGUGCUCGUGCACGCGUCCAUGGGGAAUUGUUUUGGCGGCAGGAGGCCUCAUCCCAAUCGCGGUCGGUGCCGCCCAAACCAAUCUCGCGCCCCUAUCCAGAGCUGCUGCGAGGUGCGCCAACAAGGAACUCACAUCCGGUUUGCUCCCCUUCUCAAUCUCAUCUAUUCGGUUGAACUGGAAGAUCCAUCCGGGCUUGGAUUGGAUUGGAUUGAUUUCUUCUUUUGUUGGUUUUCAUUUUGCAAGUUACAGGAGAGGUUGAGUCCACAUUACUCCCAAAUAGAUCAAGGGGUGGAUAAGAAUGUUACUGAUAAUUCGCUAGUUUCAAACUGUGAUUUCCCUGUUGUAAAAAAGUUGGAAAAGUGUGUGGAUGAAGAAGUUUCUGUGCAAUCUCCCUUUGAAAAUAAGGACACAAGAUCCCUUGGCAUGGUAUAUGAUCAUGAAAAUAACAAGAGUGGUGUUGCUGAGGUGAUUAGACCAGACAAGGAAGCAAUUGAAUCAUCUAGCUCAAUGAAUGUUGCAGAUGAAGAUCCUUUGUAUGGCUGUCAGACACCGCGUGAAAGCAUCUUUGAUCCUUUUGCUCCGGGACCAGAGGAGUUAGCUUGUGCACCAAAGAAGAAUAUGAUCAAGGCACCAGAACUUCCUCCACGAAGGCAGCUAAGUUUUGAUUCAGGUGAUUACCCUAUUAAAAGGUUAAGUUUUGAAUUCGAUGAUGCUGAGGAGGAUGAUCAGUUUCUUGAACGGAUCUGCAAGAUGUUUAUUGAUCUGAUUGUCUCAAAUCAAGCACUAGAGACGAUUGGAAAGGAUCUGAUAGGUUCUAAUUCACCUGGAAGCUGUGAGACCCCUUCUUCAGAGCCUCUACUUACAGGCAUUGCAGACACCUGCCCAGAUGCACCACUGAGGCGACCUCUUAAAGCAGUACAGCUCAGCCCAAGCAUUUGUCGAAAGCUCGACUUUGAUUCAGUCAGUCCAAGGUGUUUAUUCGUUAAAGAGAAUAAGUGAUAUCUUGACACCCUUUUGAUCUGCCCAGGAACAGCAUUUUGGGGCAGUUUUUGGCUACCAAUUUCAGUUGCCCUGUGCCAAUAUGGUAACUUUGCUAACUGAAACGUGUAGGUAGUGAUGCUAAAGGAGUAGGAGGCAGUUUAAUAAGUUAUACAUGUAAGCUUUAAUCAGUCUUCCUUUUAGGUGGGUUAGUCAUAUACAUUAGGAGCUGUGGUCUGUGACCAUGUACCUUUUGUAAAUCUUAAAAUGGAUAGUUGUGUCUGGUUGAACUAGUGAGUCUGUUGCAGGUUCAUGAUGUGGAUCGUCUGAAUGCUAUUCAAUAGUAGUUCAUUUUUCCUUCACAAGAACUGGGAGAUGGUGUGCCGUGCUUAAAUAUUUUCAUUUAUGUGAUGAAUGCAGUGGAGCAGUGAAAAUCA